AUGGCUAGUUUGUCUGGACGUGACACGUACGAACCACUUGAUGCCGCACAACUCUAUCACGAACACGAAGACGACUACCGAGCCCUGCCUCCUCCUCUGUCCUCACCGCAGGAUGGCUAUGCGCACGGCGAGUAUGCGUAUGCGUCGCACCACAGCAGCGGCGCAUCCCUCUCAGGCCUGCAAUACACCUUGCCAACCAUGGCUGCACACCCAGUCCCGCACCACUAUGAGCACGAGCCGUCUCUGCUGGAUGACCUGAAUGGCUUCUCGCCCAUCGCCCCAAACUACAACAUGAAUGCAUAUCGCACGCCAUAUCCCGACAGCAACGCCACCUCCACGUCUUCAGCCACUAGUCCUGAUGCGCAGUUUUCGACCGACACCAUCAUUGUCGAGGCAGACGAAGACAAGCGCAAGCGCAACCAGGCCGCUUCCGCUCGCUUCCGCCAGAAAAAAAAGCAGCGUGAGCAGCAGCUGAUGGAAACGACGCGCGAGAUGCAGGAUCGCACCAAGAAGCUGGAGAAGGAGAAUGAAGGCCUCAAGAAGGAGAACAUGUUCCUGAAGAAGCUGCUCGUUGAGAAAGUGGAUCACAUGACCGAGGACGAUCGCGAAAUGCUGAGGAAGGCGGCGGGCGUAGUGCUUGAGAGGAAGAAGUAA